GGUACUGAGAAUAGGCUAGCACUUCGUCGACAGACCAUACUCCGGGAAAAGGGCAGAAGGCUGGCCAAUCGAGGACCAGCGUACAUGUUUAAUGAUCGUUCUACUAGCCUUUCUCUUGAUGAGGAGCGUUUUUUGGAUGCAGCAGAAUAUGGGAAUAUUCCUGUGAUUCGUAAAAUGUUAGAAGAAUGUACAUCACUAAAUGUGAACUGUGUGGACUACAUGGGACAGAAUGCUUUGCAGCUCGCAGUUGCCAAUGAGCAUUUGGAGAUUACAGAACUUUUACUAAAGAAGUUGAACCUGUCCCGGGUUGGGGAUGCUUUGCUCUUGGCUAUUAGUAAAGGUUAUGUUCGGAUAGUGGAAGCCAUCCUAAAUCAUCCUGCCUUUGCUGAAGGCAAGAGACUUGCAUUAAGUCCCAGCCAAUCAGAAUUCCAGCAUGAUGACUUCUAUGCAUACGAUGAGGAUGGAACCCGGUUCUCUCAUGAUGUUACUCCAAUCAUUCUGGCUGCUCAUUGUCAUGAGUAUGAAAUUGUCCACACACUUCUGAGAAAAGGUGCUCGCAUAGAAAGGCCGCAUGACUAUUUCUGCAAAUGCAGUGAGUGCAAUCAAAAGCAAAAGCAUGACUCUUUCAGCCAUUCUAGGUCCAGAAUCAAUGCCUACAAAGGUCUGGCAAGCCCUGCCUACCUUUCCUUGUCCAGUGAAGACCCAGUAUUGACUGCCUUAGAACUUAGCAAUGAGCUGGCUGUGCUUGCAAACAUUGAAAAAGAAUUCAAGAAUGAUUACAAAAAACUGUCUAUACAAUGCAAGGAUUUUGUAGUUGGGCUUCUUGAUUUAUGCAGAAAUACUGAAGAAGUGGAAGCUAUUUUGAAUGGAGAUGUGGAGACGAGACAUAAUAGUGGAGAGCUUGGUCGGCCUAGCCUUAGUCGUUUAAAACUUGCCAUUAAGUAUGAAGUCAAAAAAUUCGUAGCACAUCCAAACUGCCAGCAACAACUUCUCUCAAUCUGGUAUGAGAAUCUCUCAGGUUUACGUCAGCAGACUAUGGCAGUGAAGUUUCUAGUUGUUCUUGCAGUUGCAGUAGGGCUGCCAUUCCUGUCAGUGGUUUACUGGAUUGCUCCAUGCAGCAAGCUGGGGAGAAUAAUGCGUGGUCCAUUUAUGAAGUUUGUAGCACAUGCAGCCUCUUUCACCAUUUUUCUUGGUCUGCUAGUCAUGAAUGCAUCUGACAGAUUUGAAGGCACCAAACUCCUACCUAAUGAAACAUACAAAACAGCUGAUCAUAAAAAACAGCUGUUUAGAAUGAAAACGUCCUGUUUCUCAUGGAUGGAGAUGCUAAUUAUCUCUUGGGUAAUAGGCAUGAUAUGGUCUGAAUGUAAAGAAAUUUGGUCUCAAGGGCCCAAAGAAUAUCUGUUUGAAUUAUGGAAUAUGCUUGAUUUUGGUAUGUUAGCCAUUUUUGCAGCAUCAUUCAUUGCAAGGUUUAUGGCAUUUUGGCAUGCUUCCAGAGCCCAGGACAUUGUUGACUCAAAGGCAGAUUGGACAGACAUAGAAACUGCAACAUUAGAUUACAACAUAAAAUACUACACUUUGGCCAGAAUAAAGUGGGAUCCAACUGAUCCACAAAUCAUAUCUGAAGGCCUGUAUGCAAUUGCUGUUGUUUUAAGUUUCUCCAGAAUAGCCUACAUUCUCCCAGCCAAUGAAAGCUUUGGACCACUACAGAUAUCACUUGGCAGAACUGUGAAAGACAUCUUCAAGUUCAUGGUAAUAUUUAUCAUGGUGUUUGUGGCCUUCAUGAUAGGAAUGUUUAAUCUCUAUUCCUACUACCGUGGGGCCAAACAGAAUGAAGCAUUCACAACAGUUGAAGAAAGUUUUAAGACAUUGUUCUGGGCUAUAUUUGGACUUUCAGAAGUGAAAUCAGUUGUCAUCAAUUAUAAACACAAAUUUAUUGAGAAUAUUGGUUACGUCCUUUAUGGAGUCUACAAUGUUACUAUGGUCAUUGUUUUAUUGAACAUGCUCAUUGCAAUGAUCAACAGCUCCUUCCAGGAGAUUGAGGAUGAUGCUGAUGUGGAAUGGAAAUUUGCUAGAGCUAAACUCUGGUUUUCCUACUUUGAGGAAGGGAGAACUCUUCCGGUACCCUUCAACCUAGUGCCUACUCCAAAAUCUUUGCUUUAUCUCUUACUCAGAAUUAAAAAAUGGAUCUCCAAAGUGUUCCUAUGCCAUAAGAAAGGUUUUCAGGAAGAUGCAGAGAUGAAUGAGAUUGGACAAAGUAAGCAAUCAAGUAUAAGAAGCACAGAUGAUCUCCAUUUAAAUAGCUUAAGUAAUCCUCCACGACAAUACCAGAAGAUAAUGAAGCGUCUCAUUAAAAGAUAUGUAUUGAAAGCUCAGAUUGACAAAGAGAAUGAUGAAGUCAAUGAAGGUGAACUGAAGGAAAUAAAACAGGACAUCUCAAGUCUCCGUUACGAACUUCUUGAGGAAAAAUCUCAGAACACAGAAGACCUGGCAGAACUCAUUAGAAAGCUUGCAGAGAAACUUUCAAUGGAGCCCAGAGAGGAAGAAAGCAGGAGUUAACCUAAACAUUCAAGCAACGAAGCAAAAAGUCACCCCUUCACUUCAAGCCAUAUUUAUUGUCCCUUAAUUUCUCAAGCUAAAUUCACAUUUUUAUAAUAGAUCAAGAAAUGAAAUUAUUCCAGUUCUAAAACCUGCAAUUGGCUAAACCUUUACAUAGCUGAUUGACAAAAGAGUCAUUUGAGAAAAAUAUAUUUAUUUUACUCCCUUUUGGAAAAAUAAUCAUACGUGAUUCAGUAUGCAGUUUACCUCUUUCCAAAUAUACGCAUCAAAGCUCAAGAUGAUCAUCCAUUAAUGAUUUAAACAGUUAGUUCUAUAAAUCAGAAUUCCUCAUGUACCACUCAUCAUAUUUUCUGUUUCCUUACUUUAAAAAACAUGCAUAAGUAUAAUUGAAUGAAAUAGAAGAGAAGAAGGCAUAUAAUGCCUAAUUUCCCCC